AUGGAGAACUAUGAACAACACAAUGAAGUUACAACCUCAUACAACAAUAAUAACUUGAAACACAAUUAUAAUAAUUGCAAAAAUGAUUUCUAUCAAUUCGUGGACGUCGCACAAGACAAGGAAAGCAAAGAUUUUGCUUACGAUCCGAAGAAUUUUAGAGUGAAACUUGAAGAUGGAAACAAUCCGAAUUUAACGACGCCGUUUUCUGUAAAGGAUAUACUGAAUAUCAACCAGCCGAACUACAGCUACGACAGGAAUGAAGCCUGGAAAUACAAUGAAAGGGAAAGAAGAGGCUAUGAAUAUGAACAAGUGUACCAGAGCCAAGGUUUCUGUCCACCAGAGUACCUCAGUCAAGUGUACCCUAAUGUCCCCGUGCCGUCAAACAUUGAGCCUUAUUGGAACCAAGACAUGCAUCAUGAUUACAAGAUAGAUGAAUACUAUAGUUACAAUCCUUACUGCCACAACUUGUACCACCAAGGGUAUGAGCAGUACAAUGAAGUGGGUCCUCCUUAUGUGUUGAUGGACAAUGGAGUGAAGGUGGAUAGUGAUGAGAGAGAGUCUCUCUCUACCAGUUCAAUAGCUGAGACAAAGAGAGGCAACAGCGAGAAGAGUUUGUGCACCCAGUUUUCGCCUGAGCUAGGGGAAAAGUCCUCAUUGAUAUGUAGGAAAUCUAUAAAAACGCCCACGACGGAGAGACCAGAAAGAAAAGACAAAAGCGCCAAGAGGAAACCACGCAUACUCUUCUCACAAACACAGGUCCACGCGUUGGAGGUCCGCUUCAGGAACCAGCGCUACCUGACAGCCCCUGAGAGAGAACAGCUAGCAGUCACCCUGAACCUAUCGCCUACACAGGUGAAAAUCUGGUUUCAAAACCGACGGUACAAAAGCAAAAGGAUUAAAUCGCCCGAAGUGUCUACUUCUACUGAUGCUAAGCCUGGCAAAUUGAGUGGCAGAAAGAUCUAUAAGCCAGAAAAUAGAGAAGCUCAAUUAGCUACACCUAGCUAUGAUGCUUAUAGGGAACCUCGAACGGACAGUGACAAGUCCUAUGACCAACUCAGUUCGACCAUUUACUUUGACGAUAGCCUAGCAUACGACCAAAGCGAGAAAUAUUUUAAUAAACAAGUUCUAGAACAUGUUGGCACUUCUUCUGAUAUUCAAAAUUUAUACACGACUGAAAAUAAUAUGGUACUUAAUGAUCGUAAAGAUAUUUACGAAGAGCCUGAAAUUAAAAAGUAUUAUCCAUUGAAUUUUGUUUGUUAA